AUGUUUCCACGUUUCCACUUUCGAUUUAUCUUAAUUUGGGCAGUUUUAUUAGUACAUUUUGCAGAAACGUACCGGAAUUCUAAUUCAUGUGUUGGGCCUUUCAACAAACGAUGUCUGUACUCCGAUUUCCGCUGCUUUAUUUCUGUUGUAGACACUUGUGAUGUUGAAAGCUCACUUGUGUCGACCUUAGAGGACUGGAAAUUCAACGAUGAAAACGUGCUUCUUGACGAAUUUCCUAUUGAUCCAGUACAAGAUAAUUAUGUUCGUCAAGUAAGAAACGUUGUGUUUUCUAUAACGCCACCUGUCCCCUUACGCACGGAGGCGACAUUAGUUGCUACAUCAGACGAUGUGUUGGUGAAUAUUUUGGAUCUUGACCCGGUUGUCAUUCGCAGUAGAGAAUUCACUGACUUUGUGAGUGGCACUGUUAAUUUGCAUGGAGCUGUACCAUUGACCCACAGAUAUGGUGGUCACCAGUUUGGAAGCUGGGCGGGUCAGCUUGGGGACGGACGCGCUGUCAUGUUGGGAGAAUAUAUAAAUAGUAAUGGAGAAAGAUGGGAACUUCAGUUGAAGGGGUCGGGACUGACCCCAUACUCUCGCCGUGGUGACGGUCGGGCCGUGAUACGCUCGUCUGUUCGGGAGUUUCUAUGCAGCGAAGCUCUUUAUCACCUUGGUGUGCCCACGAGUCGAGCUGCCUCCUUAGUGGUCAGUCAGGACCCUGUCACUCGUGACCAGUUUUACGACGGCCACCCUCAGACGGAGCGAGCAGCUAUAGUACUACGUGUUUCACAAUCGUGGUUCAGAUUCGGAUCUCUAGAAAUCCUGGCACGAAGCAGAGAAAUUGAUUUACUGAGACAGCUCACUGAUUUUAUCAUCAAAAUGUAUUUUUUAGACAUCGACCAACACUCGCCUGACAGAUAUUUGGAGUUAUAUAGUACAAUAGUGGAACAAACCGCCGCCAUGAUUGUCACGUGGCAAGCUGUUGGGUUCACGCACGGGGUCUGCAACACGGACAAUUUCAGCAUCCUUUCCCAGACUAUUGAUUUCGGACCGUUUGGGUUUCUAGAAGAGUACAACCCAGCAUUUGUUCCUAACACUUCAGACGACGAGGGCCGAUAUAGUUAUGAAAGACAACCAGAUGUUGGUUUUUAUAACCUAGAUAAACUUCGACUUGCUCUUCAGCCAUUACUGACCACAGGUCAGGCCAAACAGAUGACGGUAAUACUCAAAGGGUACAUAGAUAUUUACAAAGCGAAGUUCAUGAAUAUUUUCAGAAGAAAAAUAGGGUUAUCGAAGUAUAUGGAGGAUGAUGAACAGAUCAUUGCAGUAUUGCUGAAAAUGAUGGAAGAAACUAAAGCAGAUUUUACAAUGUCAUUUCGACAGUUAUCAGAGCUAAAUAUCAAUGAUUUGGAGAGAGUUAUGUUGUUACCAGACACCAGAGCAUGGGCGUUGAAAAAGCUAGCCUCUCACGAUUGGUUUAUUGCGUGGGUUAAAAUGUACAAGGCAGCGCUAGCGAGCCAGAACGUGUCCGAAUCAAACAGACGAAAGAUCAUGAAGUCGACCAAUCCGCGAUAUGUACUCAGGAACUGGAUAGCACAAAAAGCCAUUACUAAAGCGGAAGACGGUGACUUUAGCGAGGUUGUCAAGGUGUUACGAGUAUUGGAAAGGCCUUUUGAUGUUCAGGAGGAAGCCGAGACCAAUGGAUUUGCUUCCUCCCCUCCUGAGUGGGCAAAGGCACUCCGGGUCAGUUGCUCAUCGUGAAUUGUUUGUUGACGCUCCAACAGUGGAUCCAUUUAUUGAUAUUUGUCUAUAAAACAUAUAUUUAUUACCGUAACAAUAUCUAGUUUUUAAUCAAUUAUAAUUGGGAUGUAUACUAGAAGAUCUUUCCAUCAGAUAUAGUAUGAGGAGGAACAAGGAUGUUUGUGAAAAAAACAUACAAGGGAUUAACACCUUUUAAUACAAAUUAAGAUAGGAUAGGUUAGAGCCAAACAAAGAACAAAACUGCAUCAUACAACUGUUUCGUCCAUCCAGGGCUCACUAGUGAUGCGUAGUGCCUAAAUUUAAAAUCUAAGUGUCGACAGAGGAACGUGAUCUAAAGAACUGUCAGAAUAUAGAUGGGAAGGUGCACUAGCCCCAUAAUUCAAUACAUUUCGUAAAAGUUGUUUUGCUGG